CACAAAAAAUUGGAAUAACAAAUUAAACCAACUACGCCUGCUAAUUGGUAACAGCAAAAAAGCAAUAAAACUGCAAGUGCAACAGUGCUGAGCGCGAGUUUGUGGAAAAAUGCAAAUGCUUUUGAGCGCCAAGGAUACAUUGAACCUGUGGAUUAUAUUCAUCUGUAAUUGCAUCGUUUUAAAUGCCACGAAUUUGGGGUUUGUGCGAGCUACCCCAGGGUGUGCCUUUCACAUGUACGAUGGCGUCUCCGCUGAAAGCGAAGGUGUGCGUUUCAUACGCCUACGCGAGGACGCCGAGAUUGGCAAGGAAAUACUGCUGUUACGCGCCUAUCCGCGUUCGGCCAUAGCGUUAAGGAGUGUGGACAAUUCCGGUGAUCACAAAUAUUUUGGACUCACCGAACUGAACACGACCACGGUGCGCAUUUCUUUAACACGUUCUAUUGAGGAUCUGGUGGAUCGUGAUGUGCCGCGCAAUUUGUUGAAAUUCCGUGUGCUUUGUGCGGGUAAAAAUGAAAAGCUCGAAGAGGGCAGUUACAUGUCGAUAACCGUUUACAUCGAAGAUGUCAACGAUAACGCACCGGAAUUCCUCAACACACCCUACAUCAUUGAUGUGGAUGAGAAUACGCCGCCGGGUACUAUCGUCUUUGAGGGCAUACAAGCGUUCGAUCGUGAUAAGCCGAAUACACCCAACUCGGAGGUGCAUUUCAGUAUGUCCACAGUGCCGGAACAGCUGUCGGCUGAUGGCAGUCCAUACUUUUCCUUAAAGAGUCCACAUCGUCCACUGCUUAUACUGAAGAAAGACUUGGAUUUCGAUAAUGGCAUACGUCUCUUCAAACUACCGCUAUUCGCAUGGGAUCGCGGCACUCCAGCCAAUCAGGUGAAUACAACGAUCACCAUUAAUGUGCGCGAUGUUGAUGAUCUGCCACCGAAAUUCACCGAAGGCGUUUAUCGCACGAAAAUCAACGAGUUCUACCCAAUGACGGGCAUACCCAUACGAGUACCACUUUACUUCUCACCGCCGAUCAUGGCUUUUGAUCAGGACUCACUGAAUGCCACGCUCAUAUAUGAGAUCAUUUCGGGCAACGAGCGUAAAUUAUUUCGUGUCAACCCCAACAACGGCAUAUUGUAUCUGCAAAAAGAGGUCGAUUUGGAGGAAGAGAGUUUACCGGGCAAUACGUUCGUGCUGCAGGUGGAGGCGCGACAACGUGAAAAUCCUUUGCGGAAAGCUGUUGCUAGAAUCGAGGUGGAAGUACUCGAUCUCAAUGACAAUAUACCAGAAUUCGAAGCAGAUUUCUACAACAUUUCAAUUGUUGAAAACCUACCCACCGGCUUCAGCGUGCUACAAGUGAACGCCAUCGAUCGCGAUCAAGGCGAGAAUGCCGAAUUUUUAUAUCAGCUAACCGAGGAGCCAGAAGCGGCUGAUGCAUUUCGAAUCGACGCCAGAAGCGGUUGGAUCACAGUGAAUGAUGACCGACUGCUUGAUCGCGAGCAACGCAAGUCCUUACAUCUAAUGGUGGAAGCCAUCGAACGUAAUCCCCCUUACAUGCCAGACGUCAAUCUGCGCAAACCCGGUCCGAGCAAAGUCAAAGUCGACAUUACGUUACUCGAUACAAAUGAUAAUACGCCCAAAUUCGAACAUGGCAAUUUGUAUGAGUUCAAGGUACCCAUAACGGCGCCGGUGGGCUACAAAGUGGGGCAAGUGGUUGCGUUGGAUCCAGAUGAGGGUCCCAACGGCCUAUUAUUAUAUGAGCUGCAUCGACCGAAGGGCAGCGGUUACAUACCAUUUCAAUUGGAUACGAAAAAUGGUACAAUUUAUGUGAACGGACCGCUACGACGAGGACGUAUUGCGGUAUUUGUGGAAGCCAGCGAUCAGCCCACAAAUCCAUCGGAGCGUCGUUUUUCGCUUGCCGUUAUUACGAUUGAGGUUUACGCAACAAUCGAUGAUCAAGUUAUCGAUUUUGUUGGCGCUCCAUAUGAGUUCUGGGUAGGCUCUAACGCACCCCUAGGCACCUCUGUCGGCCAGGUACGCACCACACUCAUCUACGAUAGCGAAGAUGAAAUUAUGUACGAUCUGCUGCACACCUAUUCGGAAGGCGUACCAUUUGCGAUCGAAGAGCGUUCCGGCAUUAUUACUGUUAUACGCGAAUUAUCCGAAUUCACACGAAAGGUGUACCUCUUCGAAGCGGUAGCCAAUUAUCUUUUCGCGAAUUCCACCAAAUCGCUCAUCAUGUCACGCAGCUCGCCACCUGCCACUACUGCACCUACGCCCGCCGAGCUCACCGAUGAGGGCGUAUUAAUAACCAAUGUCACCAUACAUGUUGUCAUGAAGCCGGAGAAUAAAGUGCCAUUGCGUCCGGUUAUCGAGGAAAUCAACUUGAAUGUCAUACACUUUCAUAUCGAGGAGAAUAUUGUGGGCGGCAUUAUAGGUCAACUGCUUUAUAAGAACGGCAUUAAUGUGCUGAACAACGAAUUGGCCACUUACCGACAAUUCCAGCCCGCCAGCAAUGUAACAAUGGGUAGCCGCUUUCGCAGUCGCAGCCGUAGUCGAAAUACAUCCACGUCAGCACGUUUGCGCGCUCCCCGACGUCUAGUCAGCGACUCGAACCUCAAAUUGCGUUAUAUCAUUGCGAACCAACAGGAAGUGGUUAACAAAAUCAGCAUCGCCGAAGAUGGCACACUGCUCACACUAACCGGUCUGGAUCGCGAAGAAAAGGAUCAGUAUGAUCUAACCGUUAUUGUUGAGUACACAACUGGCUUGGUUAGUGGCGCCGGCAUAUAUCAAGUGACCGUCGAAGUAGACGAUGUGAACGACAAUGCGCCCAAAUUCAAUAGCUUGUCUUAUGUGGGACUAAUCAAUGAGAAUAGCGUUAGUGGCACAGAGAUAUCGGUGAAUCAACCAAUACAAAUUAUCGAUGCCGAUUUGGGUAAGAACGCCGAGUUUCGUGUCAUACUACAAGGUGACUACAGCGACCAAUUCACUAUUGAGUUCUACAAUGCCAGCAAUGAGGCGCAAAAUAAAAGUCGACACGCGCCGCAGACGCCUGCCACUUUCAGCGUUUUCAAUUUGACCGACCAAUGGCAUGAGGAAUUUAAAUUCGUUGAGAUGCAAAAUAUGCUUAUGCAAUCGGAUAUUAGAUUGACCAGCGGUCCAUACUUCCGUGUCACCUACAGUGGUAAACGACCGCUGGAUCGCGAAAAAGAUCAGAUUUAUAAGCUCAAGCUAAUCGCCAUCGAUACUGGCGGUUUGUCCACCUACUCACAUCUCAAUAUACUUGUGGCCGACGUUAAUGAUAACGCACCCAUUUUCGAACGAAUCUCUGUAUUCAAGGAGUCCAAGGUUGAGAUACGCGAGUACACCACCGAUAUGGAAAUAUACUUUGUGGACAACUCAGCCGUACAAAUGAUGGGCAUGAUGUCAUCGGCAAUGGUACCGCCACCCUAUCAUAUACCGGGCUCGCCACGUCUCAAUUCCGAGUUUAGCUUGAACAACAGCUUCGCAGAUGUACGACAACAGCGCGGACGACGUUUACGUAAGCGUUUAAGUCGUGGCACUGCACAAAGUCCAAUUAUGAAAUGCCCGCUUUUUGCCAUAUAUGAGAACACACCCAUCAGCACUAAAGUGUUGCAAGUUAUGGCGACGGAUGAAGAUUAUGGCAGCAAUGCGUUGGUGCAUUACGAGCUGAUCGCUGAACACGUCGACCGUCCCAUAAUGGGCGCACCAUUUUCACCACGUUUUACCGGCGCCAGGCAUUUUGCCAUUGACAAGUUGAGCGGUGAGCUCACAGUCAAUUAUCCGUUAGCCGCAAAUCUGGAUAUGCUGCUUAAUCUCAGCGCCACUGACAUCGACGGACUUAGGGAUAUCACUUGUCUGCGCUUCACGGUAGUCGAUGUCAAUGAUCAUGCGCCCGUUUUUAAGAAGUCCUGGUACAGCUUCGACACAGAGGAGGGCGAAUAUAAGGACAGCGUGUUGGGGCAAGUGUUGGCCGUAGAUCUGGAUUAUGGUGAAAAUGCAAAUAUUUCGUACAGUCUAAGCGAAACCGAUUUGCCCUUCAAAAUAAAAGAAUUGUCGGGAGUGAUAAAGAUCACCGGUUUGUUGGAUCGAGAGGUGCAUCCCAAGUAUAACUUUCAAGUUAUUGCCACAGAUAACGCCGAACCACUGUAUCGCAUGUCCAGCACUGUUGAUGUAGAAGUUAAUGUAAUAGACAUCAAUGACAAUAAGCCCGAGUUUAUCGGGUACGAUGAUGUGGUGAACGCCGAUAAAUAUAUUGCCGAUUUGACAGAUCGCACAUUAACUUUACCGAUUUACAAGGCUUAUCUUGAUCGCAGCACGAAGCCUGGCAUGUUUGUGAAGCAAGUGAAUGCCAUUGAUAAGGACUAUGUUGGUAACGGGAAUGGUUUGGUGCUCUACUCUAUAUUGCACCAGGAUAUUCACAAUCCCAUAUUCCAAAUAGAUUCACGUGACGGCACGAUCACUACUGUCGCAAGUUUUCGUAGCUACAAUGAUUAUGAGCACUUAAAUGUGACUGUUGUCGCCUCGGAUCUGGGCAGUCCUGCACAUUCGUCCACCGCCAUUGUACUGAUCAAUUUGCAGGGACAAGCUGUCACAGAGCCCACCACAGAUGAAACAGAGCUACCCAAUGAGCAGCGCAAUGUUACCAUAUUUCAACAUCAAUACCACGAAGUGCAAGUGCUAGAGAAUAAUAUAGUUCCGCUGCAACUAAUCAAGAUCAACAUCACCAAUGGUCUAAACCCCGAAGUCUUCCGUUGGAGCUUGGUUAUUGAAGAGAGUGACGAAGAGAACUUCGAUGCACAACCACUGUUUGAAUUAGAUCCGAAGUCCACAACGCUCUUUGCCUUAAAAUCUUUCGAUCGUGAACUGAAGAACCGCUAUCAGUUACGUGUGCGAGCGGAUCGCCUAAAUCGUGAACCGCGCAACUACGCGCGUAUUUCAUAUCCCGUAACAGAUGAGCGUGUCGACGGCUUGGAUCCGAACGAAUGUCGCAUCAUUGUAAACAUACAAGAUGAGAAUGAUAAUGAGCCGCGCUUCAAGUCCGCAGGCCAGUCCUUUAUUGCAGUGGUGCCACGUUCUGCUACCUUUGGUUAUCCCGUCACCAUUGUGAAAGCAUUCGAUGCAGACGAGGGACUAAAUGCUGAAAUACGCUAUCGUUUGUUAAAUGAGCCAUCGCGUCUCUUUGGCAUCGAUGAGUUGACGGGUAAAAUACGUCUUAUCGGUACCAUACCGGUGGAUCAGCGCGUCUAUGGGUUUGAUGUGAAAGCCACGGAUCGUGGUGGUGCCGACGAUGGACGCAGCAGUAUUGUAAACGUUUUUGUCUACAUCAUCGAUGAGGCGCGGCAAGUGCGCAUUGUGGUCGCUGGGAAGCCUGUAGAAGUGGAGCAGCGCAUCGAUGCGCUCAUGCAGGUACUUAGUGAGGCUAUACAAAUGGAUGUGCGUGUACGUCUGUUGGAACCACAUGUGGGCGGACUUGAACCGGCCACUGAUGCCUAUAUUUAUGCUGUGGAUUUCCGCACCAAUGCGAUUUUGGAAAUGGAGCAACUGCAGGAGCUGCUUGCCGGUCUGCAGCUAGACGCAUUGCAAUUGCAACACCAACAGCAGCAACAAGCCGAUGGUGGCGCAUACGAUAGCAACAAAAUAAUGCCACGUAUCAUAGAAUUGGCCGAAUUCGGACAAUUGACACAUAACACACCGCAUUCGGCGAACUUCAUCAGCGGCUUGGAGAUUGUCAGCAUUGUAUUGAUUGUGCUGUGCGGCAUUGGUGCAUCAAUGAUAGCGCUUUGCUUCCUGUGUCUGCGACAGAAACGCAACAACAUUUGGACACAGCCGGAAUUUCCCUCAUCGGAAACCGGUCUCACUUACAGUGUUGCACGUACUGGCCUUGCGGUGGCCGGCAGCUGUCGACAACAUCGCAACAGUCGCCAACGCCAAUUGCAACAUACGCAACAACAACAUCAGCACAAACAACUACAGCACCAGCUACAGCAAGUACAACAUUGCGGUAAGUCUGUCAAGACCACAAGUUCUUUCAUUCCAGAGUCGGUGUGUUCGUCCUCGUCGCAGACACCGUCCACAGCGGUUGCUGCUUCACCGAACGGUGAGCAUCAACAUAAACAACAACAUCAGCAGCAACAUAAUCAAUUGCAAUCGUUGCAUCCACAUCAACAUUCCCAUCACCAUUCGCACAAUCAUAAUCAUGCGCUCCACUCGCAUCUCAAUCAUUACACUCAGAGUGGUCAUGCGCAACAGCAGCAGCAACAACAACAGCAACAGUUGUCCCAUCAACAUCAUGCAGAUCAGCGGCAGCGUGAAUAUAUCGACGUGCCACUACCCAAAUCGGUGGCCAAGCUAGCGGCAAAUAAUCGUUGUACAACAAUGGAGAACGAGCCCACGUCGCUGCCAUUUGUACUCUCUUACAAUGUGUGCCAACCAGUGAAUAAUCUUUCACCCAGCGCAUACGAGACCUCUAUGUUUUCGUUGCACUCCAAUGGACAAGAUUCGGGCGUGGACUUCCGCAGCAGUCGAGAGUUGUACGAAACCUCGCCGGAUUCCUUCAAAACCAGUUCACAGCAUUCACAGAGUUUGAACCCGUCGGAUUUGCUCUGCCCCAGGCAUGCCAAGCACAAGCACCAGAACAACAACAGCAGUAACAGCAACAACAAUACGAGUGGAAGUGGCGGUAGCGGCACCAUAGCGAUAGGCAACGACAGCAGUGACAACUACGAGGACUCGCUGAAGAACGACGAGCCCCUGGUGGCGUCCAAUUGCCGCAGCACGCAUGGCAUGCACAGCUCAUUAUGCGAUCAUCACCAUCGACACGACUAUCAAAACACCAACUUUGAGAAACGCUCGUGCGUGCGACACUCCUUCUCCGGUGUCAAGGACGACUUGGUGCAGCAUUCGCCGCAGAUUUCGCUGCGUCCACGCGGCCACAUGCUACGCAACUCCAUGAACGAUUUGGAGGAGCGUCUCCAUAAUCUGGAGCAAUCGUUUCGACGGCCCAUGGACUACACGAAGCCCAGUUCGAUCUUUUAAGUCAACGAGCAGAGAGUUCUUUAUAAAACUUAGCUAUUUUGUAUGUAU